AUGGAUGAAGGCAAAAGCUUUUCUAAAAUAAGUGAUUUAAAUACUCGAAAAUUUGAACAAAAAAGGGAAUACGAAGAGAAAAUUCAACAGUUGGAGACUAAUCAAAACGAAUUAAAGAUAAAAUUAAAAGAAUUGGAUGAUGAGGUAUGGAUGGAGCGAGAAGAAGCCGAGAAAGCUUUAAACACAACUAUGAAAUGGAGAAAGCGCCAAAUGUUUGAAACAGUUUUGAAACAUGAUGCAUCAAUGGGAAAACUCCUAGACCGAAUAGAUUUAUUGGAGAAUAAUUUGGCAGUUAAAAAUCAGGAAAUAGAUUGGAGAAACUAUUUAGAAAAUAAGGAAUUGCCAACUUUACCAGAGCGACAGAAAAAGAACAGAUUACGAAAAAUCAAACAAUUAGUAAAUAAAGAUGAUGAGCAGGAGUGUAACUUUUGUUUUCUAGAUUUCGAUGACCCAACUAAUUUUAAUUUCGAUACUGCUCCUGCUAUUCAUCAAAUGGUGGCUCGUAAUACUCCUGAUGGCUAUUCUGAUAUAGUUUUUAUUUGCGCUAAGUCAACUAAACCACUUUCUGAUAAAGAAUUAAUUUCUCAAUCUUUCAGUUCUCGUCUAGAAAACAAAACUAGAGAACUUGAAGAAGAGUUAACAACUACCAAAGAGGAGUUAAACAUCGAAAGGGAAGAGAUAACCAAAUUCCAUGAAAUAGUAUCGGCUCACCCUUCUUUUCUUUCGAUGUUCGAUCAAUUCAUUUCGUGUGGAAUUAAUGCUUAA